AUGAGUCUUAUCAGUUGGAAUGUGCGCGGGCUUGGGAACCCGAACACAUUCAAUGCUCUUAAGAAGUUAUUAAGGGCUCAAGAUCCUGACUUUGUGUUCCUUAUGGAGACAAAGAAGAAGAAGAAGGUGAUGGAAAGAUUAUGUAGUAAGCUGGGGUAUGCUAAUUGUAGAGUAGUGGAACGAACAGGGCAACAAGGCGGUGGUUUGGUUUUCUUUUGGAGGGAUACUAUGAGUGUGAAGGUGAUUGAUGCAACAUUAGGUUUCAUUGAUGUGAUGGUGUUAAUUGAUGGCAAACAGGUGAGACUUACUGGGUUCUACGGGAGCCCGGAAACCGGGGAGAGACACCAUUCUUGGGAAGCAUUACGACGUUUGUCCCAGUUAUAUCCUCAUGUUGCAUGGUUCGUGUUCGGAGACUUUAAUGAGAUACGUAAGUUGGAAGAGAAAACUGGAGGCAGACUAAGACCGAUCUCUCAAAUGGACAGCUUCAAUCAGGCUAUUAAUGAUUGCUUCUUACAGGAACUGGAGUUCACGGGCCCCAUGUUCACCUGGAGUAAUGGUACGGUUAAUGAAAGGCUGGAUAGGAGUUUCAUGAAUAAUGAAGCUUUUGCUGUUUUUCCAAGAGUUCACGAAUUUCACUUAGAGGUUGGAGCCAGUGAUCAUUUGCCGUUAGUCCUUGAUAUUUUAGGAGCUGGUCUUCCAAAGAAAUCUGGGGGUAGGCGACGUUUCCUAUUUGAGAGAUUUUGGGUUAAGGAAGAAAGAUGUGGUGAAAUUGUGAAGGAAGUAUGGGAGGAUCAAGCCACGGUGGCCAGUAAUCUUAUGGCUACAUUUAAUAAAUGUGCGGCGGAGUUGUCUAAGUGGAAUAGAGUGGUAAUCGGGCAUGUACCUAGGAAAAUUGCUGUACUGAAAGCCUCCCUUCAGCAGUUUCCAAUUGAUGUGCAGAGUGACAAUGAUCGACAUCAGCGAUUUUACGGCACACAUUUGAUGUAUGCCUUAAAUGACAUGUUUUCAAUAUUUAUUUAA